AUGUCACGAUUCGAAGUACCGGAUAUAGGGAAACACUUGCAGGGCAAGGUUGUUGUAUUAACUGGAGGAGCCCUAGGCAUCGGCUCCGAACUCGUCCGCCUCCUGCACUCCUCCGGCAGCCACGUCUUCUUCGGCGACGUCCUGAUCGCCCAAGGAGAUGCUUUGGCUGCAGAGCUACAAGCAUCGUCAACAGAAGGCCAACAGGUCAAAUUCUUGUAUACGAACGUCCAGGAUCAUCUUGCGAACCUGGGGCUUUUUGACCUGGCGUUGAAGACUUGCGGCAGAGUCGAUCAUGCGGCUUCCGUGGCGGGGAUCAACAGGGAGGAAAACAUUGUCGAUGACAAGUUGACGCUGGAGAGUGUGAGGAAGGAACCUGAUAUCGAUGACUCGUUGGAUGUGAAUCUCAGAGCACCGAUUCUGUUUUCUCGCAUUGCAAGUGUGUAUUUGCGUCAAGGACAACUACCGAGAGGAACAGCAGCAGCAGCAGCGAACAAAUCACUCACGCUUGUAUCUUCUGUAGCUGGCUUUACCGAAGCUCCUGGUCUUGCUGUGUAUUCGGCGGGUAAACACGGCGUCUACGGAUUGAUGCGGGCAUUGCGAAAAGUCCUCAUCAAACCACCCCACUCAAUCCGCACAAACGCAAUCUGCCCCUGGAUGACCGAAACCCGCAUGGUAACCGGCAUCGACGAGGACUGGAAGCACGCAGGGCUGCCCCGCAACAAAGCAAUCGAUGUAGCUCGCAUCAUCGCCGGAGUGAUGGUUGACAAACAAUUGAAUGGGGAAGCAUUAUACGUUGAAGGAGGAAGAGCCUGGGGGAUCGAAGAGGGCAUUGAGAGGACGCAGAGCCAGUGGAUGGGUGAGAAGCAGAGUAGGGAUUUCAUGAGGGGGCAGGAGGUUUUGGGGACGGGGGAGAAUUGGUGA